AUGGAGGCACCUGACAUCGUGUCUUUCAACUCCACCUUGGGAGCCUGUGACAAAGGGGGGCAAUGGCGCGUGGCCGUGGCAUUGCUGGAGGCGUUAGAGACACGGAGCCUCAAGGUGGACAAGAUCACGUACAGCACCAUCAUCAACACCUGCGGUCGCUCAGAGGAGUGGAUACAAGCGUUGAGUCUUCUGGAUCACGCCCAUCAGCGCGGAGUGGCGAUCGACCUCGUUGUGCUGAACACAUUGGUGACAGCCUGCGAACGGGCGAGGGAAUGGCGCCUUGGUUCACAGCGGAGAACACAUGUGUGCGGGCUUCUCCACGUAAGUAUCAUUUUCCCGAAACUUUCAUGUAUGGUCGGAGUCGCUACACGCAUAGCUCCCCAAAGCCUUUGGUGGAAUAAAUCGAGUCUACACCUGGUUGAGAGUUUACAACUUGCAACAUGGGAUCUGGUCGCUUUCUAUGCUUGCAUGGCUUGGCUGAUCCCUAAACCAUAUAAACCCUAA